AUGCCACCAAAGAUUAAACCUAAACAAAUUAGAUAAAUGAUUCAAAGUACAGCCAUUCUACCACCAGGAACUGACAAAGGGUCAGAUAAAUCAUUUGGAGAAUUUUGUAUUAAAAUGAGUAAAGUCUAAUGGAUUCAAGAUUCAAACCCUCAUUAAGGAAAUUUAGUCUAUCGUCUCUGCUUUUGGGGUUAAGAAGGAGAUGGAUUAUUAAUAUAAGCAUUAAAUUAAAAUUUGCAUUACCCUAAUGAAUUGAAGUAUGAUAUUAGAGUACCAAUUAUUCAAUUUCAUAAAUAUUUGAAUGAAGCUGAAAAAGUAAUUAUUUAUCUUGUGGAUUCAGAGGAUAAAUUUUAAAUUUUUGGUUAUAUAAUCAUUAAUUUUGCUAGACAUUUGAAUAAAGACUUAUCAAAAAAUUAAGUUUUUCAUAAUAUUUCUGGAUAAUAUCCAAUAUAUAAAUAUUUUCCAGAAAUGCCUGAUAAUAAGGAAUAUAAAAUAGGAUAUCAAAAUAUAGAAGUAAAUUCAAAAUUUUUAUUAAUAUAAUAACAAAUAGAAUUAUGUUCUUAAUUAAAUCAAUCAAAUAACAUGUAAUAAUUAUAACAAAUCAUGAUAAAAGAAUAAUAAUAAUAAUAAUAAUAAUAAUAAUAAUAAUAAUAAUAAUAAUAAUAAUAAUAAUAAUCUAAUAAAUAAACUUAAUAUCCUUAAAUUAAUGUUAUUUUUCCAACUGAAAAUGAAGCUUGGUUAUAAUAAAAUCCAGAUUAAAAAUUAGCAAAUGUUUUAUUUGCUAAUAAUCCAUUCCAAAAAAAUAUUGAAAUCAAUCCAAAUAACCUUUAUGAAAGAAAUAAUUAUAUUGAUCCUGAAUCUACUAUAAAUUAAUAUUAGAAUGAUUAAAGUAAUUCAAAUUAAAACUAUUAAAAUGUAAAUAAUGAUGCUUCAAUCUAAAAAAUAAGUCCUUCCAAAUAAGAUUAAAAUUUAAGCGGAUAAAAAACAUAAGUUUAAGGUAAUGUAAAAUUCGUUGAUGAUGUUUCAAAUAGAAUAGAAUAAAUAUUAAAUUCAGUUCAUUGUAUUAAUUGUUGUCCUUAAAAAUAGAAACGAUCUGAUUCUGUAUCUAAUUAAUAAAAUUAAUAAGAUAAUAAUAAUAGUAGUAAUAAGAAAAGUAAUUCCAUUUCAAAAUAAUAAGAACCUUUUAGAAACUCUAAACCAAAUAGUGGCCAUUAUAAUAAUUCUCCUACUUAAUAUAGAUAUGCUAGUAAGCCAGAAAAUACUAAACCUAAUCCACCUAAAUUUAAAUCCAAUCGAAAUUAAUCACCUGUUGAAAAUGUAGAAAAAAAUUAAAAUAAAUAAAAAGAAAUCCUUCCACAAUAAGAACCAGCCCAAAAACCCUUAUAAGUGAAAACAACUUAUCAAAUAGAGACUAGAGGAGUUCAAACUAUUUAAGAGGAAGUCAAUACUCCUAUUUAAAACUAUACAACAUAAAAUUUUGUAUAUAAUAAAUCUUUUGAUUCUUAUAGAAAAUUAAAACUACAACUAAUUGAUUUUCAUGCUUAUACUUAAUAAGUUUAAUAGAAAUUGAAUGCUAUAAAUUUGAAUAAUAUUUUUAUUGAUUGCUAAUUUAAGAAUUAACAAAAAAGAACAUUUUUUAAAUCAUAAGGAUCUGAUUUAUAUUCAAUAAAUGAGAUAGUAGAAUUUGAAAUAUAUAUUAAUGAAUCUUCUUUUGAUGAUUUUUAAGCUGAUUAAAUUAAAUUUUUAAUUUAAUGUUAUAGAAAACCUGAAAAUUCUGAUGAUUAAAAGUAUUUUAAAAUAACACUUGGUGAAGGAUACUUCUAAAUAAUUAAAGCAAUUUAAAAUGAAGAAUUUUAUGUAAUAAUUAAUACAAAUUUGCCAUUUGACAGAAAUAACAUUUCACAAAAUUCUGGUUUAUAAUAUAGUGUAGUAAAUAAAGAUUUAUUAAAUGAAUAUUAAAUUCAAUAAUAAAAUAGACUUGGUGAGAUUAGAUUAAAAGCAUCUUUAAUUAAAAAUUAGGAGUAAUAAGAUUUUAUAGAUAAACCAAUCUAUUAUCAUUAUCAUUCAUUUAACCCAACUUUAUUGAUUAGAUUAGGUAAAGUAGUAGGAGUAGAUAAAAUUAAUUGCAGAUUUAAAAUACCUGGUUCAAAUGAUUUUUUUUAAUCAUAAUUAAAUGAUUCAAUUUAUCUUAAUUAUUAGAUUAUCACACCACUAAAUUUUGAAUCUUUUGAAAAGAUUGAGACUGCUCCUUUUAUUAUUGAAGUUUGGAAGGAGAAAGAGUUAUUAGGUAUGAUUAGAAUACCAUUAAAAUCAAUUCAUGAAAUUUUGAUUAAUGAAGAUUAAGAAUUCAAUGCAAAUAUAUUUAAGAAUAUCUAUCCUUUAAUAAUAUCAGAUGAAUAACAUCCAAUUAGAAAGAUUAGAGAUUCUUAAUAAGUUGGUUUUAUCCAUGUUAUAAUUGCAUUUGGUAUUCCAGGAUAGAUAAACAAAAUCAAAAUAGAAAAUAUAUAUACAAAAAGCAUUUAAGAAGUAGGAAAUCAAUAUGAAGAACCAUAAUAGGAAAAGAAAAAUGUUGAUUAAGAAAUUUAAAUUGAAGAAAUUCCUAGAGAAUUAACUUUUUUGGAAAGAUAUGAAUAAUUUAAUUUUGAAUUAUUUGAUAAUAAACAUUAAUCAAUACUAGAUGUCUUUUAAUAUUUAAAUAAAAAUGAGAAUUAAUUGUAAAAAAAUAUUCCAAAAGGUCAAUUUUUUAAUAUUGAAUAGCUAUAAUUUAUUAAUUUAAAUGAGGAAUCUCUAUUUAUAUUUAUAAGAAUCUUUGAUUUUAAGAAUUAGCAUUCAAUAAAAAAAGAACAUAUACUAAAUAGUUUAACAGCAUUUAAUAUUUUUAAACCUAGAAUAUCUGUAGAAGUAAAUAAAUAGAUAAAGAAAUUUAUUUAAUAUUUAAUUGAUUAAAAAUAGGAUCCUCUUGAAUAUGUAGGUAAAAUUUUAUUAAAGAGUGAUUGUGGGAUUAUGGAAAGAUCAAAAUUAGAAUAAUAUGUUCCUGAUUUUGAUUUUGAAUUCUUUGGAUAUUUUUUGGGACAAUCUCAUGAUAGAAGAUUAGUUUCAAUAAAAUUACUAUAUGAAUUAACAUGUUAGUUUGUUUAAUUUAAUUAUGUAAAAUUAGAUGAGAUUAAUGAAUUUUGGUAUUGUUUAUCUAUCUAAAGUUCAAUAUUAUAGAAAGCAUAAACAAUCCAAUUAGAUGAAGUGACAAAAUUAAGUCUAAAUAUUGAAGAAGUAUAAGAAAUGUUUAAUUAAUGUUUAAUCAAUAUAUCAUUUUGGGAAGUGUAUUGUAUAUUUAGAUUUAUAAAAAUUAAGAACAAUAAUUUUGUAUUAUAAGAUUGGGAGAUUUAGAAAUCUCUAUUAUAAGAUUGGUUUUAAAUAAAAUAGGAGGAAGUUAAACCUCCUAUUAUUUAAAAGAAACCUAAAUAAUUUGAAUUGGAAGAUAAGGAAAAUUAAAAUUAAGAGAAUAAAAAUCUUGAGUUUUAUGUUCAUAAAUUUAAUAUCACUUUAAAAGAGAUCUAAAAUUUGAAAUUAUCAAUUCCUUAUGGUACUUAAUUAUGUGUAGAAUAUAAAUAUCCUUUAUGUGAAUAAAUAAUAAAAUCAUAUCCUUUAAUUUAUUCAAAAUAAACUUAAUAUUAAUGUCCUUCAGAAUCUACUUAUACUUAUAUCUAAUAGAUUGAACAAAAUACUAAAUUUAUUGAUGUAGUUGAUUCAAUAGAAGGUGGAAUCUAUUUUAGAUUAAAGAAUGAUGAAUAAAGUGUGGCGUAAACAUUCCUUUCUAGUUAAGAGAUAGUCAGUUGGAUGGAUAGAAAUACAGAUCUGAUUAAAGAUAAAGUGUUAGUAUUUAUGCCUAUAAAUGCUAAACUUAGUUUCAAUAUAAAUUAUUCGAGAUAGAAGAUAACUUAAUAAUAACUUUCAUCUAAUCCAGAAUUAUUAUCUAGUCAUAAUUAAACUCAUCAAGAAAUUCAUUUACCUAAAAGAGUAGGAUUAAAUAUAUAUGCUGAAGUAACUUUAAAUGAUAAGGCACUUAAAUUUGAAGAUAAAAUUAUUAAGGUGGAUAUAUAUUCAGUUGUUAAUUUUACUGCUUAAAUGUAAUUAUCUUUAUUAUUAAUUAUAGAUCUAAAUAAUAAGGGUAAAAGACAAUUAUAAUAAAUGAAGAAAAGUAAUUAUAAGUUGAUAAUGAAUUGAUUUAAAAAUUAUCAGCAUAAUAAAUGAUAAUUUAAGUGUCAAGUAAUACUUAAAAUCUUAUUGGAAAAUGUGAAUUAAUGUAAACUCAAUUACUUAGAGGAUAAAUAGAAGGUGAAUUUGCUUUAACAAACUCAUUUGGUUUAUUUGUUGGAGUUGCUAAAUUGAAAUGCUAAUUAAAUAAAUAUAAAAUACCUUUGGUUUAAUAAUAAGCAAUAUUGAAAGAAAAAGAGUAGGAAGAAAAAUAAAAAUAGAUUACUUGUAUGAUAUCAAUUAGAGAGAUCAUCAUAAAUAUUUCUUAAUUGUUAAAACCAGCAGGCAAUGAUACUAUUUUUCUAUACUUUGUUUUGAAAUUAAAUGGAAAAACACAUCAAACAAAUCCUGAACAAAUUGAUAAAAAGAGUAAUAUUUAUUUAUAUGAUAGAAUUAUCAUGUUAAUUAGUAUAAUCAUUUUUAGCAGUAGAAAUACAAUCUUAUUAAGAAUUAACAAUAACUGUUUAUUCUAGUAAGAAAAAUGCUGCUAAUUAAUUGAAAGAUGUUAAAUUAGGAGAUUUAAAUAUAAAAUUUAAUCAUUUAACUUAAAGUUAAAUUGAUAGUAAAUUUAUAUGUAUUAAUGAAUAUUUCACUUUAAAUUAUGAUUCAUUUAUAAGUAGAGUUGGUAUUAAACUUAUGCUUAUAAAUGAAUAUGAGGAUAUGAUUCCAAAUUUUGUAAAGUUUUAUUCCUAAAAUUAAAUUUAUGGUUGUUAGAAAUUAAAUGAUUUGCAAUAAAAUUAUAAGAUUGAUAGAUAACUAUAUGAAUACAUUUCUAAAUUAGUUAAUAAUAAUGAAUAUGCAUUUCUAAGUGAUUAAAUAGGAUAUCACUUUAAUAAAUAAAAUUUCUUUUUAUCAGAGUAAAAUUUAACAUGGGAUUUAAUAGAAGAAGUAUAUAAAUUAUCUAAUAAUGGAUUUAUGGAUGAAAAAAAAGCAAAAUAAUUGUUAGAUUCAUUUUAUAUAGUUAAUUUCAGUGAGAAAUCUUAUUCUCUAUUUACAAAACCAAAUGUAUUUGAUAAGAAUGCUUAUAAAUAUUUAAAUCAUUUUGACUUUUCAGUAUUCUUAUCAAAAAUUAAUUUGAAUAUUGAAGUUCAAUAAAUAAAUGAAAUUGUAAUACAAAUAGUAAGAGCUUAAAAUUUGCAUUUGUUAAAUUAAAACAAAGCUCCUAAUCCAGUUAUUUAAAUGUUAUUUGGUGAUUAAUCUUUUAGAACUCCAGUUUAAGUAAGAGAAAGCAAUCCAAAUUAUAAUUAUUGUUUUAGUGUAGGAUUAGAAGAUAAUUGUAAUUUGGAAUUCAGAGUUCUUAAUUCAGGAGCAGAAAGAGAAAUUUUGGGAUCAUGUUUUAUUAAUAGUAGUGAAUUAAUUAAAUUACAUGAGAAAUAAUCAAGUGAAGAGAUAAAGAUGUAUAUUCAUGGAAGCAAGGCUUAAGCAUACUUAGUAGUAAAAGUGGGAACAAGUCCAAAAACUUUGUAAACAUUGGAAGAAGUUCAAUAAUAUUAAAUAGAAGACGUGGAUUUGGAGAGAAUAAGAGCAAUUAUUGGAAAAAUAUGA